CGUUCAAUUUAAUUUUAUCUCUAAAAACGAUUUAUCCAUUAGAAAAUGUCGUGCUUUCUUUGUUUCAUAUGCCACAACACAGUUCACAGUGAUACAAAUGUUGAAACACGGGAAAAAUAUAAAGAACUUGUUGGAAUGAAAUUAUGUUCCGACUCCCACCUUUGCCAUGUAUGCUGUCACUUGCUACGAAAGCUGUGGCUGUUUAAGUCAAUAUGUCUGAGAAGAAGUAUGGAGUACCCUGUGUUGUUUUGUGACCGAGGCACGGUAAAUCUUCAAAAUAGCCAAAUUGAGACGGUCAUCCUUUGCCCCGAGAUUGAAGAAUGUGAACAACAUAAAAAUACAGCGUACCACUUCACAUCGGAGGAUUAUACCAACCAAUAUGUGUCUCUAGAAGACAGAACAGAUAAAAUAGAAGAGGAAGAAAUCGACAAAAAUACUGAAUCCGAUAAUGAUAUCACAGAUUUUAAUGAUUUUGAAGAAAUAGAAAAACAAAAUGACGAUACACAAAUUGAAAACACAAAUGAGAAUACGGAAGAAAUUAAAGCUAAGGAAGAAUUGAAUAAAAAUAAUGAUUUCUACAAGAUAACUUUAAGUGUCGAAGAGCAGAAGGCAGAGUUAGAAGGGAAGAGAAGAGAAGAUAAAUAUCUAGAAGCUGAGUUUAAGUGCUAUAAUUGUGCUAUGCCGUUUUUGUUCAAAGAUACUUAUCAGGCUCAUAUGAUGAGACAUGAAGAGUCAAACGGCGAGCAUCUCUGCCCAAUCUGUCUCCUCCGCUUCGCUUCUUCAGCAGUAUUACGUGCACACACACAGACGCACCGCGAGCGUGCCGUGUGUGUCCGUUGCGGCGCCACUGUCGGCGCGAGGCGACGGAACGCGCACAGAGCCAAGUGCUGCAACACUAGUCAGGCUAUAUGCCAUCUGUGCUCCAAGGGUUUCAUGGAUGGUAACGGUCUACAGCAGCACAUAAAGCGCUUCCACCUCUCAAAAACGAGCAACAAGACUUAUUCCUGUCAUGUGUGCGGCAAGACUUAUAACAACCAAGCUGCAGUACGGACGCAUAUGAUAAAGCAUAUAAACAAGAAGUUCCCCUGCCCUUCAUGCGGCGCGCGAUUCAGCUCUCCAUAUACACUGGCAGCCCACAGCAGGCGACAUACGGGGCUCCAACGGUACUCGAGCAAGCGACCGAAAAACACACACCACCAUAUCCUCCCCUGCCAGCUAUGCUCAAAAACCUUCAACACACAGCGCGCCCUAGCGUCCCACACGCAAACUGUACACUCCACUGAAAAAACAUAUGGCUGCAAUAUGUGCGGAGCUAGUUACACUAGCAAGAAAUCAUUGGGUGCGCAUAUAAGGAGGCAUACUGUUCAGCCAAAGUGGUGUUUGUGUCAUCUCUGUGGUGCUAGUUUUCAGGGUAAUAGCAAGCUGAAGAGACAUCUCCGAUCAGUGUGCGAAAAGAACAAACUGGAAGAAGAACUGUCAGCUUUCUAUAAUCAAGAAUAAUCUACAUGUAGCACAGUAUAAUAACGAGUACUAUCGUACAGUAUGGCCACUCCCGCUCCCCGCUGAAAGUGCCGCCCACCCCCUCUCGGUUACCUCACAGUUACCGCCUGUCACCGCGACCAGUCGACCUGUCAUAUCUCACUCAUACAAGCAUGGUACGCGUUCACGUACACGAGCUUAGAAUGUGUGCUAGGAACGCGCCUCUUUCAUAUAUUUGAUCGCCAUUCUGUGUGCCUGUAGGUAGGUUUCUUUGAAGAGACAGUAAAGGUGACACCUUUAUUUUGAAUAUUAAUUAGGAAUAGCGAAAAGGCAAAUAUACUGCGCGUGUAUGUGGUGUGUCAAAGGAAUCUCAACGUGUUGGCUUCGGCUCCGCGCAUAGGUACACUAAACUAGGCUAACAAAAAACAUGUAACACAUCGUAUUGAAAGAUUAUUAACCAGUUGAUGUAAAUCUACUACACAUCUAGUGCGAAAAGGGUUUCCUUCGUAGUUUUCCGGAAACGUUCGUAUUUGUCAUGCUAGUUCAGUCAAUGUCAGUACAUCUUGUACUGAGACUGACUGAAAUAGCAUGACACGUUCGUACGUUUCCGUAACAAUUCGAAGGCAAAUCUUUUCGCAGUACAUCAUGUCUUGUUACUUUAAGUAAGAAAUAAAAGUCUGUGAUAACUA